AUGAUGAUGUGGAACUCUCAGCUGUCAUUCUAUCCGGUCAUAUUGUCCAUUCUUCCGUCUCUUUACUCUCUUCCGACCGAGGAACUGCUCCUGGGAUCUUACCAUGCAUUUGGUCAAGGUGGGGAGCCGGGGUCGUCGCUAUCCAAAGGCGCAGGAAUCAAGAUCCACACCAAUCAAGAAGUUAAAAUUGAGAUUCCCAAGAGAGAAAUAACUGAGUCUUUCAAAGGAGUUUUUCCAAAGCACAACCAUCGAGUCAAAGUCGCCACACCCUGGCAAAUAUACUAUGAAGUUGCUGAAAAAGCUUCUCGAGCAUCCGUUUUUCCUCAGGUCAAGAGAUUGGCUGAGAGCGUGCUCAAAUUGGGGUCGGAUUUGAACAAUAUCCCAGACGGUUCUCAAAUUCAUACGGCAAUUACCCGGGAUAUCAUUGAUCUUGCUCGUAGUGUAAUUCGAAAUGAAGUAACAAAUGAAGCAGAAAGAAUCUGGGCUCUUGGUAUAUUCUCAUACCUAAACCCUCAUAUCCACGUGUCUACUCCAGUUACCUGGAAGGACGAGCACUUGAGUAGACCUCGUGAAGAUCUUCAAUUAUUUUUGCUGAAAGAUCACAACUUGAAGAAAGUCGUUCAUAAAAUCUGGUCAAGCUCUCCUUCAAAAGCCAAACCAUCAGAAUUGAUUUCAGAAACCAUGCAAAGGGAAUCAUCAAUAAGCUUUAUCCAAAAAGAAUUAGACAGCACUUCACAUGCCCCUUCGAAAGACUUCAGUGAGAUUUACCUUAGUUUUAUCAAUUUGAGGUCUCCAAUCUGUUGGGAUCGUCUUUCAACAUUUAAAAAGAUGAUCUUAUCAUUUUUGUCCAAACCUAUAAUAAGUUCCGAACGCGAAGAAGUAUUUGAUGAAGAGAAAAAUGUGAUCAGACUACUAUUAUAUUUAGAAGAACAUCAUUACAUCGGCUUUCGAGAUUUCAACGCCUUGAUCAAAAACAAAGAUAUCUGCCCGAGGAUUCUGCAUAGUGAUAUCGAGAUCCAACUUUCAGAUAAUCGACUAGCUUCAGAAUUCAAGCUACUUUUGAAAAAGUUCCAAAACUCAAAGGAUCUCGAAGUAUCUCAUAUAACUCAAAUAUUAAGAGUCAAAUCCAUUUCAUCUCAACAGUUGAAAAGAUUUAUAAGAGUUUUAGAUGCACUCUUUGAAAGUAAUGAACAUUUAUUCAAAUCUAUGGCUCUUCAACUGAAUGAUCAUCCUAAAAUGAUUCCAGAUCUCGUAAAGAUCUUGCCCAAUUUUUUACCAGAUCGCACAGUUGAAAUUUACUCUCUCUGGGAUCGACCAAAAGAACUUAAGACAUUGGUCUUGAGAAAACAGGAAGAUCAAAUAGCAGAAAAACAUCGCAACCAUCUUGCAGAUACUUUGAUCUCCAAUAGAGUCCUUUCGACUGCCGAGGCUGGAAAAGGCUUGAAAGUCCUAACUUGGAACUUUGCAACUCCAAGAGGCAUAGAAUUGACCAAAAUCUUACACGACAUAUUCAAGGUUGUGUCUCGAAGGUUUACUGCAAAGGACUUCAGAUUGAAGAACGAAUUGAUAGAAUAUAUCCUUCACCUUAUUUCACUCAAAAAUGAUGAUAAAAGACCAUUUUGGUAUCUUCCAGUAGAAGAUAAGGCAUUGAGAAAUGCUAAUAGGUUCAAUGAACUUAUAGGACCUUUUUUAAAGAAAUCAAAGAAUUUCUUCAACAUCCUUCUUGGAAACAAAACUGUACCAUUGAGGAAUUCAGGGAAUCUCUCGGUGUACUUGAACAGUCGAGCCAAAGCGAAGGUCUGGAAUCUCGAGGCUAACUCCGACGUUCUCUUCUUUGCCAGAAUAGCUUCUCCAUCCCAAGAGAUGAUUGCAUUGUUUUCAGAUUUUGGAUCCUCACUUUACACUUAUGAUACACGCCAUUUUCUUCCUGAUUAUACACAAUGUCUUUUCGCCAUCCAAAUCCCAAUAACUUGA